AUGAAGCCUGCAGUCGUCUUUGCCGCGGUGGUCUCGGCUUGUGCCAGCCUCGUGGCCGCCGCCGCCCAAGAGCUCAAGAUCGACGUCACGCUGCCCGUCGAAUGCGACCGGAAAACGAAACGCGGCGACAACGUGUCAAUGCACUACAAAGGCACCCUCGCUGACUCGGGCAAGAAAUUCGAUGCCAGCUAUGACAGGGACCAGCCUCUCUCCUUCGUCCUGGGCAAUGGCCAUGUCAUUAAGGGUGGCAUCAGAUGGGACCAGGGCCUCUUGAACAUGUGCAUUGGCGAGAAGCGGACUUUGACAAUACCCCCAGAGCUCGGCUACGGCCAGCGUGCCAUGGGCCCGAUCCCUGCUGGUUCGACCCUCAUUUUCGAGACCGAGCUGGUAGCCAUUGCCGGAGUCCCCAAACCCGACAAGAUCAAGACCAAGUCUGUCCAAGACAAGGUGUCGGACAAGGUCGCCAGCGCCGCCGCCGAGGCCGCCAGUGCCGCCAAGACCAUGCUCACCGAUUCCGACGACGUGCAGGGGCACGAGGAGCUAUAG